GGCUACACGGGGGUUGUCUUUGUCGGCGUCGUAAAAUCUAUAGCUUACACAAUGUGAAUACACAGCGAUUGGGGCAACGGUUCUCGCACUGCGCUUCGUUAAAUUCCCGGCUAGCAUCAGUGGCGAGUUAAGACUUCACCAACCGUGUGGCCCUCAUUGCACCAACCGAGCAGCAUGGUGAAGUAUGGCCAAACAAAUCCGGCGUUGGGGAGGGGGGGUUGUGAUGAAAAUCUCCAUCCAGCAGUGGAUCGAUUAUAUGUAUCAUUAAGAAUUCAAUAUACCCGAGAGGGAUUGAAACGGAUGGAUGGCUGAAGUGUGCUGAUCAUGCUCACGCAGUGGAUGUUUGUAUUACAUAGGUCUCAGACUUAAUUCCAUAGCGCGUCGGAUUAUAACAAAGCGAGUGUGUCGUGAAUUACUCGAGUUGCUAACGGAUGGUCAACUAACAAAGAGCACACCCAUCUCUCUUGCUACGUUUUUUUGUGGGUAAUCUAUAACUUUAGAUUCACUAUAGAUUAUCCACAAAUUCAAUUAAACUGCGCACACUCGCGAACAGACGCACGGGACAGCCGUCAGCGCUACUAAACAAAUUUAGUUACACAAAGACAAAGAUCCCCCGUAUAACCCUUUCAGGUUGUUGAAACAAGUGCUGAUAGCGAGGCACCUUCAAUUACACACACACACGCGCGCGCGCACACGUGUUAAACACGCACGCACACGCUCACAAAGUACCAAGUAGCCUGGGGCAGUGGCGAGCGACAGUCUAACAAUCGAGUGGAUGUGUAUAAGUAGUAAUUACGAGAUUAGGAUCUAGCGUAAUAUUGCAAAAGCGCUCAUUGUGUUCGAGCGUCGGGCCUGGUUUAGAGCAGCUACACAAUGAGUGUGGUACACCCCGUGUAAGACAGCAGCAGCAGCAGUUGCAGCAACAUUAGACGCAGCAGCAGCGGCGGCGGCUUCGCCCUAUAGGUGUGAGCUGAUUAUUCAAAUCGGCGAGAGAGAGGCGCGCGCGACGAGGGGGUAAGGGCGCAUCCAGGGAAAGGGAGCGGGCGUCGUUUUAAACGCUGCCCCACACGCCCAUGCGCGCCACUCCAUCCCACCACCACCACCACCACGCGCGCGCGCGCGCCUCCGCGAGCGGCAUUCGACGUGCGAGGGUAUCCGCGACAGGCAGCAGCGGCAGCGGUGGCAGCCAACAGGCAGCGAGCAGACAGCGAGCGGCACGCACACGCGCAGCAGCAGCAGCAGCAGCUCAGUUCGCACGGCGCUCCUCAGGUGCAGACGAGAGUCGUGUGCCUCUCUCUCGCCACGUGAGCGGGGGAGGCGACGCGAGCAGGCGAGCCAAAGGGGGGUGGGGGGGUGGUUGGGCAGUGAUCUGUUAUUUAUUCGUUCUUUAUUACGGAAGAAAGAAGAGCAGCAGCAGCAGCAGCGCAAAGAACAACGAACCUCCCCCCCCCCCCCGUCCAAAAAAAGCGAGGAUAUUGUUUCACACCAUUAUCUAAGCCCCCGGCCAUGCACCUAGCCCCGAGUCUUCUAGGAUCAGUGAAAAUGGAAGGACACGAGGUGACAGACUGGAACAGCUACUACAUGGACACGUCGGAGGUGUACCCCACGGUGAGCAGCAUGAACAACGGGAUGGGCAUGGGCGGCAUGAACGGCUACAUGAGCGGCGUGAGCUCGCUCAGCUCCUCGGCAAACCUGAGCGCGGGCUCGCCCAAUAUGGGCUACGUGAACACGGCGAUGGGCGCCGGCUCCCUGUCCAGCAUGGCCGGGCCGGGCGGCGCCAUGGGCUCGGCCGGGGGAAUCCCAGCCAUGGGGGCCAGCAUGAGCCCCAUGGGGGCCCAGGGCGGCUCCAUCAACAGCUACUCGGCGGCGUACGGCGCCAUGAGCCCGGCCACCAUGAGCCAGAUGUCGUACGCGCAGGGCAACCUGAACCGUGCGCGGGACCCCAAGAGCUACCGGCGCAGCUACACGCACGCCAAGCCGCCGUACUCGUACAUCUCUCUCAUCACCAUGGCCAUCCAGCAGGCGCCCAACAAGAUGAUGACGCUCAACGAGAUCUACCAGUGGAUCAUGGACCUCUUCCCCUUCUACCGGCAGAACCAGCAGCGCUGGCAGAACUCCAUCCGGCACUCGCUCUCCUUCAACGACUGCUUCGUCAAGGUGCCGCGCUCGCCCGACAAGCCGGGCAAGGGCUCCUUCUGGGCGCUCCACCCGGACUCGGGCAACAUGUUCGAGAACGGCUGCUACCUGCGCCGGCAGAAGCGCUUCAAGUGCGACAGGAAGAUGGGUCCCAAGUCGGCGCAGGACGCCACGAACUCGAGACACUCGAGCGUCGACGGCGCGCACGUGGACGACUCGAUCGGCGUUCACGACAGCGACAGCCCGCCCAGCAUGGAGCAGAUGAAAUCCGGCAUAGCGGACAUGAAACACCAGCAGCAGCAACAGCAACAGCAUCAGCAGCAGCAUCAGCACGUGAUAGGAGGACACCCGGGGGCCGAUGGUUCCCCGUCGCCCGCGUCCCAAGCGCAGUCGAUGCUGUCGCACGCGGCGCAUCUCGUGCACGUAACGUCAGCCGAGACGGCGGCCCACUUGAAGGCGGACCCGCGUUACUCCUUCAACCACCCGUUCUCCAUCACCAAUCUCAUGUCGUCCGAGCAGCAGAGCCACCACCACAAAAUGGACCUCAAAGCCUAUGAGCAGGCCAUGCAGCAGUACCCGCACGGCUACGGCGGCAGCAUGGGCAAUAGCCUCUCGCUGGGCUCCAUGUCCGUGAAAUCGGCGCUCGAGCCGUCCUCGAUGUCCAAUGAGACGGCGUACUACCAAGGUGUGUAUUCCAGACCCAUCAUGAAUUCCUCGUAAAGGCCCCCCCUCCCUUCCACCCACCCUCACCUGCUCCCCUCCCCACUGCUCCCCACCCCCCAAAUGAACGAUCUCCCGUUUUACGCAAUUAAAGAAAACAAGAGGGAGCGAGAGAUGGAGAGUGGUAAAAUAAAAAUGUAGCAGUCACCUCUCCCAAGCGUGCAUGAUGGAAAUACGCAAUCUUAUGAGAAAAUCCAACUUUGACACAAUACAUAUAUAUACAUAUUCUGGUAUACAUGCGAAAAGUAUUUGCAUUUUAGCUCAAAAAUAAAUAUUUGGUCCAUCCACGCCCCCCCCCCCCCCCUGUCUAUUCCUGCGGCAUGUCUAUACUGCAUCUUGUACAUUCACACGCACGCGUGGAGACGCACGGCGACGCGCGUGUGUCCCUCCGGGUUUCCACGUUUCGCACGCUGUGAACGACUUGAAACGACAUUGCGCGCGUGCAGCGCGUGCGUGCGCGCGCGCGUGCGUGGAAACGCGAACGUGUGUUCUCUUUGACCGUGUAUAAUAGGCAUGUAGUGAUGGGGUUUUUGUCUUCUCUCUCUUUCUCUCUACACACAAUCUUAUAAUGUACAAACAAGCAACAACAAUGACGUCAAACGACGCGCUCCGGACUGCCAACAUCGUGCGAUGGGGUUCGACGGAUGAACGCCACCUUUGUUACUUUAACUUUGCGAACAGGCAAUAAUCUCAAGGAGAGCCGCUAAUUUAUCGAGCGGGUAACAACAAUGCGCGUGCCCGCGUUGUUACCAUUGUACACGACUCUGCGUCUAAACGGCGAUAUCUCCCGUCGCGUUCAGUUCACGCGAGCCUCGGAUAGUGAAACUCUUACACACACCACGCGCACACACACACACACGCGCGUGUGUUUUUAUUUCUUUAUUUUGUUCUGUUGCUUUUUUUUCCGUGUGCGUGCGUUAUUUAUAAGAUGGUCUAAGUCCAGCACUGGAUGAACACAUUAUUUAAUUUCGUUGAAAAUCGUUGCGAUGUGUGUGUAUAUAUAUAAAUGUGUUGAUUAGCGCGCAGCGAAGACAAGUGGCGUUCCUAUUGGUUUAAUCUUAUAUGCAAAUAAAUGAAACAUGCUGUUGAUAUGAACA